CAAAACAUACCAAAAAAAAAAAAUUAUAAUAUCUUCAAAAAUAAGUAGUUUUCUCUAAAAUUUUCUCGAGAAAAUGUCUGGUCGUGGAAAGGGAGGCAAGGGCUUGGGAAAGGGAGGAGCCAAGAGGCACAGGAAGGUUCUGCGCGAUAACAUUCAGGGCAUCACCAAGCCAGCUAUUCGGCGAUUGGCCAGGAGAGGUGGUGUGAAGAGAAUCAGCGGUCUGAUCUACGAGGAGACUCGCGGCGUUCUCAAGAUCUUCUUGGAAAAUGUUAUCCGUGAUGCGGUUACUUACACUGAGCACGCCAGACGCAAGACGGUUACAGCCAUGGACGUCGUCUACGCUCUCAAGAGGCAGGGUAGGACUCUCUACGGGUUCGGUGGUUAAAUCGGAGGUGUUGGGAUUGAGCUAGGGUUAUGUAAAUCUGGUGUUGUAGUGGCUUUAAUUAGGGUCAAAUUUCGAUUUUCGUGUUGGGGUUUUCGUUCUUUUAUUGAAAAUGUAACGUGUUUUCUAUUUGGAAUGAAAAUGCGCUUUUAAUGGAA